AUGCCGAACCUCGACAUUUCCGAACUUAACAUUGUCCUUUCGGUGUUGGGCAUCUUUAUUGUUCUGUAUGGCAUUAUUUCGGUUAAGAUCAAGCAGAAAUGGUAUCUUGGGGAAGCCUUACCGGCCGUCGCCCUCGGCAUUGCUCUCGGCCCUAUAGCUGCAAAGUUUCUCGACAGUGAGAGAUGGGGCUCGGCGGAAAAGGGACAGACCGCAGAGAUUACUCUGGGUGUUACUCGAGUCAUGAUCGGGCUUCAGCUUGUUAUCGCCGGCUAUCAACUCCCCGCCAAGUACAAUUUCAAGCGAUGGAAGGAAAUGACCAUGUGUCUGCUCCCCAUCAUGACUAUCAUGUGGCUCUGUACCACCCUCUGCAUGCUAGCCACGGUUCCUAAGGUUACCCUUCUGGCUGCCCUGGUCAUUGGUUCAUGCGUUACCUGCACCGACCCCAUUCUUUCGCAGGCCAUAGCCAAAGGUCCUUUUGCCGACAAGUUCGUCGCUCGUCCUCUUCGUGAGAUCAUCUCGUCCGAGGCCGGUGCCAAUGAUGGCUUUGGCUUUCCCUUCCUUAUGCUUGCAGUCUACCUUAUCCGCCAUGCUGAUAUUCCUAGCGCGGAGGAAGUUGGCCGUCUUGGUGGUGGUGUCGCCGUCGCUAUGAAAAACUGGUUCCUCGAAACCUGGCUCUACAUUGUUCUCUUAUCUGUCGUGUAUGGUGCCGUCGCAGGCUAUGGGUCGUGCAAGGUCAUAAAGUUUGCUCUACGGAGAAAAUGGAUCGACGGCGAGUCAUAUCUGCUAUUCCCGGCUGCUUUAGGCAUGUUUCUCGUGGGCACCUGCGGAGCAAUCGGAACAGACGAUCUGUUGGCCUGCUUUGUUGCCGGCAAUGCCCUUAACUGGGAUGGUAAAUAUCUCGAGGAAACGGAACAACGCCAUGACGAAGUCAACUCUUGCAUCGACGUCUUACUCAACUUUGGCCUUACGUACGGCCGCCUGAUACUCCUGGGCCUUAUGAUAUUGGUCUUUCGUCGUAUCCCUGCUAUCUUGCUCUCCUAUAAGCUUAUGCCGGCUGUGGUAAAAGACUGGAAAGAGGCCCUCUUCAUGGGCUACUUUGGUCCCAUUGGCGCCGGCGCCGUUUUCUAUCUGGAGCACAGCCGUCAUUUGUUCCCCAAGGCCGGACAAGGCGACGAGGAGGAGAACGAUCUUGCAAGGGCUAUUGGCCCCGUGGUAUAUUGGCUCGUUCUCUUUUCUAUUGUCGUUCAUGGCCUUUCUAUCCCAGGGUUGAAUCUCAUCUAUAAAUACACGGGAGUCAAGUCGAUCCAGGACGACGCCGUUGAGAUCCGCCGCGUCUCGAUGCGGGUUGCAACGCCCCCAAACGCAGUUCAAGGGGGAAAAGAUACCUUCAUCGCCUAUAACCGCUUUAGCAGACCCGUCUUUGAUCCCUCCAGCCUUCCCGUUUCGGAAGAUCGCAACAGAUCCUUUGAAGAACAUAUGCCACGCAAUAGCUAUAUGAGGGAUGAAAAAGUCCCCCCGCCAGAGAACCAGUAUAAGUGGAGGCUGUAUCCAACACUUCGCGCCGAAUCGGAGCGGAGCGAGAAGCAGCCGACCAUUCGAUACGCCCAAUAG